ACGACAGGCACGGCGUGGACUACCUGACGGGCUCGUGGUGGCCCAUCCUGGAGGACCUGUACCGCUCCAACAUCCCCGUGUACCGCUUUGUCCAGCGGCCCGGCGACCUGGUGUGGAUCAACGCCGGCACCGUGCACUGGGUGCAGGCCACCGGCUGGUGCAACAACAUCGCCUGGAACGUCGGGCCCCUCACCGCCUACCAGUACCAGCUGGCCCUGGAGCGCUACGAGUGGAACGAGGUGAAAAACGUCAAGUCCAUCGUCCCCAUGAUCCACGUGUCCUGGAACGUCGCCCGCACCGUCAAGAUCAGCGACCCCGACCUCUACAAGAUGAUCAAGUACUGCCUGAUGCAGUCCAUCAAGCACUGCCAGGUACAGCGGGAGAGCCUGGUCCGUGCCGGCAAGAAGAUCGCCUACCAGGGUCGGGUGAAGGACGAGCCGGCCUACUACUGCAACGAGUGCGAUGUGGAGGUCUUCAACAUUCUCUUCGUGACGAGCGAGACGGGCGGGCGCAACACGUACCUGGUGCACUGCGAGGGCUGCGCCCGGCGCCGCAGCGGCGCCCUGCACGGCGUCGUCGUCCUUGAGCAGUACAAGACCGAGGAGCUGAUGCAGAUCUACGACGGCUUCACCCUGGUGAGGGGACACCCACGG